AUGUUACACAUCGUUUUCGUCUGUUUAUUUGUUUUGGCGCAAGCAGGUUGCCCGGAUGGGAGUGUCGAUAAUGGGAAUGGAGGGUGUUUACGAGGAGCCAAAACUGCGACUCCUUUUAUCUACGCCGAGUCAGGGUGCUCGUUGGCGGGCGGUCAUUUAAGCUCAAUCACGAGCGCUUUCGUUAAUGAAGUGAUCAGAAGUUAUGUGGCAGGCAUUAGCGGUCAAUCGUUUCUGAUCGGUUUACAGAGGAAUUGGAAUGGAUGGGCGUGGAGUGAUGGGAGUUCGGCACAAUAUCUCAACUUUGAUUCAGGUGAACCCGGCAACGACUCUUGUGUGUUGAUGAGCGCUUUGAGCGGAAAAUGGCGUACCACAGCGUGUCAUACGACGAAUCCCUUCGUUUGCACUCUUUCAACUAUUCAAAUGGCACCAAGUCGACCAAGUUGCCCAUCCGAGUGGACGUACUAUGCGAGCACAAAAUCCUGCUAUUUUAAAGGCAAGAUGAAAUCGUGGCUGGACGCGGAGAGCGAUUGUGUCUCUCGGGGUGGACAUCUCGCGUCGAUUCACACAAAAGACGAAGCCGACUUUGUUACAGGCAUGGCUCAGAUUGACGCAAGUUGUCAAUUAUGCAGUCAACUCAAGCAACGCUACCGAAUGUGGAUUGGUGGGCAAACGAUUAAUGGAAAUUGGGCUUGGACUGAUGGAACACCGUACGAUUAUUCACCGUAUGGCUUACCAGCUGAUCGGGAUUACUUUAUGAUGGUGAAUACCGACAGUGAUUGUCGUGAGGAUCCAUCAAGCGCUUACGUGCAUUGGAAAGGAAUUCGGAAAAUUUCCCGGCAGCACGAGCCGAUCAUCGAGGUGGUGGAGGCGUUGUCAAAUGGCGGGCAGCACGAGGGGAAAAACGCGAUGAAAGAAAUGAGCGCUGAAAGGAAAUUGACAAUGGGGUCACCUGGAGAAGCGAAUGGGGAAAAGUUGGGUGUGGAGAUGAAAGAGAUGAAGGAAAAGGAGAAAGGAGGGCCACAAAAACCCUCUCCAUUUUCGGCUCUUUUGGGAAGAGUGAGGCCUUCUCCUCCAUCACUCCUCACAACCACAUCCACUUCCGAUUCGUCCACCCUCUCCCCAUCGUCUUUUUCUUCUUUCAAUUCUGCCACUCCCCGUAUGCGAGCCCGACCACCGGUACACCCAAACGCAACAACGACAACAAUAUCAAAUGACGGUUUGGGUAACAACAACGAAAACACUGUGGCUCUUCAGCAAAAGAUCACAGAGCUCGAGGUCCAGGUGGAGGCUCAGAAUGGGGAAUUGCUUGUGCUCCGAGCCUCAAUGGCCGAUGUUCUCCGACGUUUGGCCAAGCUGGAGGGUGAUGGAGUGAGUGAGAGCCAAACUUCGACCCAUCGAAGGAGUCCGCACAGGACAGUGCAUCAAUCCCCCUCAAGAUCAUCGAUCAGUUCUGCUUCAACCACCACGACAACGAAUCCGAUGACUCAAUCUCUAUAUGUUCCCGCGGGAGUUGAUGAGAACCAUACUUUUCGCCCGAUCUCCACCCUUGUCAACGUGUCGAUGGGCAGAAGUCCGAGAGGCUCUCCAAUUCGAAAGUGGAUGUCCUCUUAUGAUAUGAAAGAUGCGCAGAGCAAUCAAACGCAGCCCUCUUCAACUUUCUCUCCACUUUCCCGAAAACAAUCCGCCAACUCGAUCAACAAGACUGCUUCGACGCAGAGCCUUGUUUCGGCAAAUCUGGGAAUUCCGAAUGCGUCAACGGUUGGCCGAGGAGUGAGUACUCGUAGCCCCUCCUACAACAGUUUGGCAUCGUCGAGAUUGUUGAGAAAUACAGUGCCAAAGGAGCCAACAUUCACUCCAUCAACUCACAUUCUUCACGUGAUGGUGAACGGGAGAACGGUUGCGGUGCCAGUGCCUGAAGAGGUGACCGAAUGGAAUUUGCAUCAAGAACAACCACCCCCGCCCGGCCUAUCACCACGUAUUGAUUGGGUGUAUGGCCUUUCAAUCAAAGAGACCGGUGAUUGUGUGCAUCAACUGUUGACCGCGGAGAUUGUGUAUCCGGUGGGAACACUUGCCGUUCUCUACAAUCGAGAGGAUCAUUGUCAACGACAUUACACCCAACACACAUCGGAAAUUCGAUCAAUUGCUAUGCAUCCGAAUCGUCGAAUCGUCGCCAGCGGGCAGACUUCAAGGCAUACAUUAGGGCGAUCAAAUGGAAGAACAAGAUCCCCGGUCUCUCCUCCACACGACUCCGAAGUGGCCUUGUGCACCGGGGAGACACAAGCUCAUGUCAGAUUGUGGGACUCUGUCUCAUUGACAACCCUACAUGUGAUCGGGACAUUCGAUCACUGGUUUGAGCGAUCGAUCUCAUCGCUGGCUUUCUCUCAGGCUGAUGGAGGGGCUCUGCUGGCUUGUGUCGACGAGGGCUAUCAGCACAUGUUGACCGUUUGGGAUUGGAAUCAAAAGAAGAAAGUUGCCGAGGCAAAGAGUGCAAGCGAUUCAACGACGGGUCUCCACUUCCAUUCCCAUCAACGUAACUCGAUCAUUCAAUAUGGCAAAGGGCAUUUCUCUUUCUGGACACUUGAUAUUCGGAAACAGACUCUCGACAAGAUCAGUGCCACUUUUGAGGGCAGAGAUCGACCAAAAGCUGUUCUCUCAAUUUGUUUCCCCGACGAGUCAACGGUUGUUGUCGGCGAUUCGAACGGUUCAAUCUCGCAAUGGAACGUGAAAAGUGGGAAAAUGAUGCGUAUUCAGCAAGGGAUUCACCCGGGUGGAGUGCUCGUAUUGGCUAUGAUCUCUGCCGAGCAAUUCGUGAGUGGUGGUGUGCAGAAAAUGCUCUAUCCGUUCGAUACGACCGAUUUUGUACGCAGCGGAGUCCCGAUUGUGCUGCCCGAAAACUGCAUCAAUCUUCGUUCACUUUCGGUUUGUCGUGACGGAUCGAUGCUGAUCUCGAUUGGCGACAAUAAGAUUUUCCACGGUGAUCAGCAAAAUGGUUUUCAAUUGGUUGUCGAGGGAGACGAUGAAGAGAUCUCAUCAAUCAAUGUGAAUCCCCAUACACCCCGUCUCUUAUGCACAUCGAGAUCUGGGUUGGCUAAAGUGUGGGACACAGAGGAGCGGCGAUUGAUAUGGAGUAAAUAUUUCGAGGACGGAAUCACCGGCUCUUCGUACUCCCAUUGUGGGGCCUACAUCGCGCUGGGGACCGAGUCGGGUCGAGUGCUUGUCGUUGAUGGGAAUUCGAAAAGCCUUCUUUUCGACUCCAAGUACAGCACCCAGCCGAUUGUGACAGUGAGAUUCUCGCCAACAUCGAACAUCCUCGCCGUUUCCACAAAAGAACCGUCGGUUCUUUUACUCCGAUCUUCAUCCUCAAAAACUUAUUCGAAUCACGCGCGAAUCGCCACCCUUCCAUCACCCGUCAAUUGCAUCGAUUUCUCUGAGGACGGGCAAAUGCUUCGAUUCACCACAACUAUCGGACAUUUGUUGUUUUUCUCACUGCAAGGCGAUUCGGUGACAACAGCGGACGCUCGACAAAUUCGUUGGUCCAGUGGGAACUGUGUGGCGAGUUUUGAGGCUUCGAUCGGUGCCUCAUCAACAGGCAGUGUCACAGCGGGGUGUUUGGGUGGAAACGAGAAAAAUCCGUUGGUUGUAUUGGGGCGGCAAGAUGGCACAGUUCGACUCUAUUCGUCGCCGGUGAAAAGUUGUGAGGCUGGAUUUCACGAGUUGAGAGCUGGAGCGGCUCCGAUUACACAAGUUUCCUCUAAAAACGAUUCCCUCUUCACCACUGCACAGAAUGGAGUUUCAGUGUUGCAAUGGAAAUGU